ACUACAACAUUUUUUUUGGUGAAAAAUGCCAAAAAGGCAUUAUUGUGUUUGUCCCUAUUUUCCUGAGUGAAAGAUUUUUUUCCAGAAUCCUAGAGAGAGAGAGAGGGAGAGAUAGAGAUGAAAAGCAAUACUAUUUCAGCCUUGGGUCUUGUUGUUCUUCUUCUUCUUCUAUGCACCUUUCUUUACCAUACUGAAUCUGCUUUGCCUUCUCAACAAACCUCAAUAACCGAGUGAAGAACAAAGAUGGUACGAGUGACACAUUCAUCCAGCCCACCGAGUCCUCAUUAUUAUAUUUACAAAUCGCCACCACCGCCACCGCAGAUAUCCCAUGCAUCACCGCCACCGCCGCAGACAUCCCAUGCAACACCGCCAAGAAUCCCAAAUGUGCCGUCAUUGUCGCCAGGGAUGCCACAUACACCACCAUAGAUGCGGUACUUAGGAGCUGUCCAGACUGUUGGAACCGAAUGGAGCCUGAGACGUGCAUCUAACUCAAGCGCACAACAAAGAAUGCAAUGUCGGACUCAACCAAGUCCAACUCGACCAUUCAACUCAGGCGCACUCCCGAAAGAGACAUCAUGCAACUCGAGCACCACUUCAAGGAUUCAUGUCAUGCAACUCAAGCACCACUUCAAGGAUUCACGCUAUGCGACUCCAACACCACUUUUAGGAUUCAUGCCAUGCGACUUGAGCAACCAUCUGAGGAGCGACGUUAGACUCGAGCACACCCACAUGGAGACACAUCCCACUCGACCGACAUACGAUUUGGACGCGCUCCCAGGAAGAAGCACCAGCAAGCCACUCGAGCACACCCCUGGGAGAGAUGUCAUCCUACUCGACCGACAUGCGACUUGGACGCGCUCCCAUGAAGAAGCACCAAGAAGCACUCGACCACCACGCCUGGAAGAGAUGACAUUCCACUCGACCGACCACGCUAGACAUCCGACUCGAGCAACCCGUCUCGCACGUUUCAGAAGAUUUCUAAACCGUCUCUUUAUCUUGUCGUUUUAUGUUUUAGGGUUUUACAUGUUUUGCUAUAAAUACUCUCUUAAGUCUUUACCCAAAAGAUAUGGUUAUUACCAUAAGGUUUAUGAGUAGCCACAAAAACAUUUUUUUAGUUUGUAAUUCAUACUUUUCUGAAUCUAUUUAGAAUUUUCAUUUAUUUCU